CGUCUACAUGGCGAAACUCGCCGAGCAAGCCGAGCGUUACGAAGAGAUGGUCAACUUCAUGGAGCAGCUCGUCACAUCCGCCACACCAUCCUCAGAACUCACCGUCGAAGAGCGUAACCUCCUCUCAGUGGCCUACAAGAACGUGAUCGGAUCUCUACGCGCCGCGUGGAGGAUCGUGUCCUCCAUCGAGCAGAAGGAAGAGAGCCGCAAGAACGAGGAGCACGUGACGCUCGUCAAAGACUACAGAUCUAAAGUGGAGACGGAGCUUUCCUCCGUCUGCGAAGGGAUCCUCAAGCUUCUCGACUCGCAUCUGAUCCCGUCUGCGGUGGGGAGUGAGUCUAAAGUGUUUUAUUUGAAGAUGAAGGGGGAUUAUCAUAGGUAUAUGGCGGAGUUUAAGUCUGGUGAGGAGAGGAAAGGAGCUGCUGAAGAUACAAUGGUUGCUUAUAAAGCUGCUCAGGAUAUUGCAGCUGCUGAUAUGGCGCCUACUCAUCCGAUUAGGCUUGGUCUUGCGUUGAAUUUCUCGGUGUUUUAUUAUGAGAUCCUUAAUUCUUCGGACAAAGCUUGUGACAUGGCCAAACAGGCUUUUGAAGAAGCCAUUGCUGAGCUUGACACUUUGGGAGAAGAGUCUUACAAAGACAGUACUCUCAUCAUGCAGUUGCUCAGGGACAAUCUUACCCUCUGGACCUCCGAUAUGCAGGAGCAGAUGGACGAGGCGUGAGGAUCUUGAGGAGGGGGGAGAGAGUGUUAUGCGUCAUGUUUCCGCCACCGUUUUCGAUCUCAACAUCCCCAUAACCUUUACUCCAAAAAAAGUUAUUGAAGUGUUUAUGAAGAUUUAUGUGCACAGCUUGUGAUGAUUGAGCUACUCUAUUAAUAUGUCUUAAACUAAGUUCUCUUAAGAAUUUGUCAUCUCUUUGACUUUGCUUUAAGCCUUAAAGACCUCUUUCUCCUUACACUCCAAUCUUUGAUUCUUCUCUGUUAAGUUGUUGAAUCCCAAAAAUCUUGGGGUUGUUUUAUGCGGGGAAACAAAAUUACUUCAAUUCUUUUUGUGUGGAACACGUUCGAAGGAAAGAAUCAAAGAAGUCGAAUCUCGUUGCACAAAGAGAUGCAAAACAUCGAAAUUGUAGUUGGACCACUUUGUCAUGCUUAAAACGAUAAUUAAGCCCAUUUUGGAAAAAAAAGUGACUCGUAUCAUUGUAAUGGAGAGACUUUUCUCUCUCGGAUGUCCCUCUUACCAUACACUUAUCUUUCAGAGGGAUUCGAGAUUAUCUUUUGUUGUAAUAUAUUUUCGAUCUUUGGAUCGAUGUUUUAUUCCGGUUAGCGGAUCUUAAUCUUUCGCAUAGGCGAUUUUUGUUGUGCUUUCAAGUCAACUUUGGAAUCGUUCUUCAAGCUCUUUGUUUCAGUUUCCAGUAUUGACUUGAAUACUAAUAAAGUUCGGUCUUAUGAUCUUCCUUCUUUCUUAAUUUUAUUUCAAAUACCGUUGAUAUAUGUGGAGUCUUUGCCUCUAGCUGGUUAUCCUUGAUCCUAACUCGGAUUGGUGUCAAUCUUCGUUGUGUGUAUAUGAGCGAAGUUUCCUUAAAGAGUAAAAGAUCAAGCUUUUCUGAUUAAGCUUCUGAUUUGAGGCAGAUUUAGAUUAGUCAAAGCUGACCAUAAAGGUUAGUGUUUUGACAAAGAUUUGUUCUUUGAAUCUUUGAAGCCAUUGGCAAGUUUCACAUCUGGUAAGUGGGAGAGAUCUCUUCUAAUAUCAUCGGCGACCGGAGAAAGGAGUUGUUGCAAGUGAAGAUGUUUGUGUCCAGCGGCGAAGCUUUGGGGAUUUCCGGUGAUGUCGUCAGUUUCACCUCAUGCAGCGGCGCGUAGAGUUGCGUUCUCUGGAGCGCGUAGACGAGCGUGAAGAGACGCGUGUACCAGUGGAUGUUAGUAUGAAGACGCGUGGGUUGUUGCGUGGCAGCCGAAGCGGUGAUACGGUCAAUAUAUUGGGCCUAAUCACUAGGAUGUUAUUUUAAUGUCGAGUUUGUAAAAGGUGAAUUAUGGGCCAUUAUCUUUGCUUGUAAUCUUUGCCCAUUUGGGCUUUCCUAUAAAUGGAAAAGUUGACAAAAAAAAAAAAGUAUCAUUGUAAUGGGCAUACAGUUGAGCCCAUACUAAUUAUUACUCAGCUUUGAUCUUCCAUAUGACGUUGAUCAGUUGAAACUCUUCGUAAUGGAUGUGUCAAGUAAAGAACGA